AAAAAGUCCUAAACUAAUGACUCAGGAAGUUAGGGUGAAACAGAAAGAAACUUACUGCUAACAUUUGAAAGUUUUUGUGUGGUAUAAAAAGUAACACUGGUGGACUUAAAGGGUUACUGCCAUGCAGUUUUUGUUACUUUUAGACGGAGGAAGGCUAGCUGUUUAUUGUACCAGUUAUGCUAAGCUAAGCUAAAGGGCUGCACUAAAGGGCAAAUAUGAAAGCUACCAAAGUUAACUACUAAUAUAAGAACUAAUAACUCAGAAAAAUACUUUAAUUUCCCAAAAUGCUGAACUAUUCGUGAGCCACAUGCUUUAAACAGCCUGUUGUUUCGCCUCUAGCUUAUUUAUGAUACAUUUUUAAACGGUUUAUCCCUCAAUGUGUUUGACUUUUAUUAGUAGUAACCAAUUAGGAGUCUCCACAGCAGCAUUUUCAGAUGCAUGCCUGCCCCUCUGUGCACUCGUGUGUGGGUGUUUUUUCCCCUCUCUGCCUGGUUUGGGAUUUGCUGGUCGGUGACAUGCCUCCCUCCGCCUGGCUCCUUAUAGCCCCGCGGAGGUAGGAAUCCCGGACGAGUGGUACGGACAUCGCCGACGGAGACCGCAAACACGGAGCGGAGCGUUCCCCUUUAAACACGGUCUUAUGACUACAGACCGCUUCAGACUGAACCAGAGGCUGACAGCCGAGAGCAGAAGAGGGGUUGUUCUACUGACAGGAAGCCGGGGGACAGUGACUGACGGCAGGAGACAGACAGGACACAGGUCCGCUCCAGAGGCUGAAUGGUCGGUGUCCAGUCAGAGAGAACAGCUGGAGUUAAACGGAAACUACCUCACCUGUCUGCAGGAUUUUGUGUUUUCGGCCGCGUGUCGCUCCCUGUGGACACAUCCUCUCGUGCAGCAUUGAGGAGAUGUGUCGGCUGCCGGUGGCCUCACUCAUCAUUUGCUUCUGGUUGGUGGAGAGAAGCUACUGCAACAGCAGCCUUCAGGACAGCAUGAGGGAGCUGCACACCAGGUUCGCCAUCAGCCUCUACCAGACUCUCACAGAGACGGAGAACAACUCCAACUUGAUCGUGUCGCCAGUUAGUGUCUCCUUGUCUCUCGCGCUCCUGCAGCUUGGCGCCAGGGGCAACACACUUGCUCAGCUGGAGGGAACACUGGGCUACAAUGUGAAUGAUGCCCAGGUACAAGACUUCCUGUUGCACUCCCAGGCCAGCAUGAACAACAACAGCCAGGGGAUGUGGCUGCAGCAGACCUGCACAUUAUUCAUCCAGAGCGGUGUCCAGCUCCUGCCUGGGUUCACACAGCUUGCAUCAGAGUGGGCCAACAGCAGCGUGGUCCGAACCAACUUCAGCCAGCCCAAUCAGACCCACAGCCAACUGGAGCGAGCGGGACACCAGCAAGAUGAAUCGUGGCAUCUCCUGGCAGGAAGCGUCAGCGGUGAGCUGUCAGGCUCGGGCGAGGCCCAAGCAGAGGCUCUGUGGUGGGGACACCGGCCGCAGGUGGCCCUGGUCAACACAGUGGCCUUCAAGGGCGUCUGGCAGAAGCAGUUCAUGUUCACCAACACCCAGAAUCUGCCCUUUGUGCUCUCAGAUGGGAAUGUGAUCAAGGUGCCCAUGAUGUAUCAGGCUGCAGAGGUUAGCUUUGGUCAAUUCAGGACAGCGUCAGAACAGCGCUACACCGUGUUGCAGCUGCCAUACCUGGGCCGCUCCCUGAGUCUGCAGGUGGUCCUUCCUAGUGACAGGAAGACUCCGCUGUCCUCCCUCGAGGCCCAGCUCACUGCACGCCAGCUGGCAUCCUGGGACGGCGGCCUGCGGAGAACCAAAAUGGACAUCUUCCUGCCGAGAUUUAAAAUGCAGAACAAAUUCAACCUGAGGUCGGUGCUCCCUGCUCUGGGCGUCAGUGACGCCUUUAACCCAACGGCAGCUGACUUCACUGGAAUAUCAGCGGAGGAGGGUCUUUAUGUGUCUGAUGCCUUCCAUGAAGUAAGAAUAGAAGUCACAGAGGAUGGAACGAAGGCAGCUGCUGCUACCGCUAUGGUGCUACUCAAAAGAUCCCGCGCUCCUGUUUUCAAGGCGGACCGACCCUUCUUAUUUCUGCUUCGACACAUUAAAACAGGAUCCAUCCUCUUCAUGGGCCGAGUAAUGAACCCAGCAGACCAAGCAUCCUGAAACCGUCCAACCUAAACACCACUCACAUUCACCUCUACAGCAGCCCAUUUCACUACUGGUAUUUAUUUGUGGACCAAAUGGAGGCUCCACAGACACGUCAGGAAGAGGGACAUUAUUUUUGUACAUAUUUGUAAAUAAAAUUUUAAUAUGUUUUUACACUUUCGGUGUUUCGAUCCUCUUUCUAUUUGACGCGACGUUACCGAAACGGCCAACGUGCGUAAAUAAAAGCAGGCAGACUCGCAUCUUUACAGAACACUUUAUUUACAUGGCCCUUCACAGUGUAAAAUAGAAGCUUUAUUCAUGGAAAUACUUACAAAAAGGCCAUUUUUUUCCACUGAACAUUCUCUUUAAAUAGUACUCUAGGGUUAUUUACAUCUUUACAGUGUAUUCAAAAUACUCUUUUGGUAGCGGCCUCUUCACAAACAAAGACAAGUAUGGCAGAUUUUGGUCCCUGUCCAAGGAGGGAGGGAGCGGAAGAGGGCUGCCCUCUGAGUCUGAAAUCAACUCCUGACCUCUAGACGUUAUUUGUGUAAAUUUGAGAACAUUAAACAAGCCUGACCUAAAAAAAAAAAAAAAAAAGUUUAAAGGCUGUUUUUUUUUUCAUUUUAAAUUACAUAAAUAAAGAUUCUCAAAUGUACACAAGUGCAUUUGCUUUUAAGUGGUAAGAA